AGCGGCGCCUCACACUGCCGGGCCGAGGCCGAGCCAGGCCGACGGGCCGACAGGCCGACGGGACGGGAAUGCUGGUCCUCGUCGUCGAGACCGUGCCGGAGCCAGCGUGGCGGCCACAGUGACGCGGACGCGCGGCGCACUGCGUGCUGGAAAGGACCGAGAGACGCGGUGCAGCGGGCGACGACCGCGACGACGCGCGUGAUCGGCGUGCAGGCAUGCGUGCGGGCGGGCGUGCUCGAGUCCGCGCCCUGACCCCGAGCGAGGCCCGGAAGGCCCAGAGCCGGCAGGCCGGAUGUGUUUUGCAGUGCAGACUCCGUCAUCGCCGACCUCGCGGACCACGCGCACCAGGCGGAUCGGAAUCAGCCAAGUGCCGCAGGGACUGCAGGGACUGCAGGGACCCACGAGACCCAAGGGACGGGGGUCCCUGCUCCAGCCGAUAGCCGCGGGGGUGGCCGUCGACACCACGGCGCCGUCGGCGAGUCCUCGAGCUAGUCCGCGCGGCAGGACGGGCUCGGGGCCCCCGGGGCCGCCGUCCAGGCCCACCCCGUGCACGGCGUGCACCAUGGGUGUCCGCCGGCGGAGCAGCUCCGAGACGGCGCCACGAUACUCAGGUACAACAGCUGUGGGGCCUGCGGGGAACCGCCUAGCGACAUGGUAA